AUGACGUGUGAACUUGGAUCUCUUGGUGGUGAUGAAAAGGCAAAAGGCACGUUUUCUAAUCUCUUGCUAUCUUUUUUAUUUAUCUCAAUCAUAUCGUCACACAAUCCCACAGUUCAAGGACGGUUAGGGCAUGCCAUAGACCAAUCUGAACAUGCUCGUGGAUUGGACUGCAUAGAUUGA